AUGGGUCACUCGCGUGGACUUAAUCAUGCUUGCGACUCACUCCUCUCUACAGCAGCAGACAGGGUGAGAUAACAUGUGUGGGUUAAAACUCAAGUUACAUCUUGAUCUCUGAGUCUUAGACGAAUAAAGAAUUCUUAAGUUUGAGGAAGCGUGUCACACAAUGUCUUUGUAAAUUUAUAUUUAAAGUGUUUUAGCAGUUGCACGGUCCAAAUCAUUUCGCCAAACCCUAAAUGCAGUGAAACACUGCAACUGAAUUUUCUUAAAUGUUGAAAAACACUGCAAUGUAGCCAUACAUUUCCUUCUAAUUUUUUAUUUUUAGGGCACGGCUCAAUUCGUUUCACAGUUUCUUAAAUGCGGUAAAACACUGCAACUUAAUUUUCUUAAAUGUCGAAAAACACUGCAAGUUAACUUGAUUACUAUAAGACCGCCCUAAGGCCCUAAGACCUCAAGACAAAAAAAAAUUCUUAAGGCCCCAAGGCCCCAAUGUCCCAAGACAAAAAAAUUCUUAAGGCCCCAAGGCCCCUAAGGCCCUGAGAAGCUUAUUUGCAAUGCAAAUCUAAAUAGAAACCAAUCACUUUUGCAUCACUGCCAUUUGCGUUAAGACUUCAUUACGUCAACAUGCUUUACUGUACAGACGUGUGUGUCCUAUCUGUGGAAAGCAUGAUUUACUAAAGCUAAGCGAACACUUACAUCAGGUUCAUCAUUUGUCCUGCAAUAAACGACAGCUGUUAUGACUUUGGGGGAAGACAAUCCAUUCACUGCUUUGAUAUGAGCAAACAAUUUUUGAGCCCAGCUCCAAACAAAUCUAUUGAAAAAGGCUACUCAUACUAUAAAAGCUAACGUUGUUUAGUGUUCUGAUAGAGUUCCCAAAUUAAACUUACUUUGAUUUAGAAGACGUUUUGGUCUUUCGACACUUGAGCUCAACCAUUUCCUCAGCGAUACGCAUAUUCUUUGUUGGAUGCAAAGCUCCAUGAUGUCACACACUAGAUGAUGUCAGGGUCGACACCAUCGCGAUAUAUGCAAGUAUACAAGUAUAGAUGGGCCGGCGAACUUUGCAGGUCACUAACACCAUGAGUGGUACACGCACUUUGUGCAUGACCAGAUUACAUACCUCUUGAGGUGAGGUGCUGGCUUAGCUUGGAAAAAGCUACUGUCUUUUACACUAUCAGCAAAAAAAAUAGUAAAAUUAUCAGCUUAUGCUAAGAAAAGAGUUACCAAAAUCGAUAGCAGCGUUCAUGUUACACAAAUUAGUUUUCCUUAAAGUUCCAUCUAAAUAAGUAAGCCUAUUUUCCCCAAAACUUCAAUAUAUCAAUUUUACGCAGGAAGCAGAUAAAGAGUGAGAACAUUUGUGACUGUGAAAGGCAAAACGAACUCUAACAGGUUAUCUGUUUCAAGAGGAUAAGCAUUUGUUACCUGUUUGUCAUCCAUACAAAUGCUGUAAAAAAGCCAAUUGAUCAACCAUUCCCAAAAAAUUAGCAUCCUUCCAAAAGGUUUAGAUUAUAAAAAAAUUGGCAUCUGUUUGAACCAUUAAGACAAUCUGUUCGACCACAAGAGUUGCAAUAUCUUUUUGAACGAUUUUUUAGCUGCUUGCCCAUACUUGUUAUAAUUUAUAGUUCAAGCAAGUUUUUACGAAAGUAUGUGGUAAUGAAUAAAACGAUUUAUCAUCAGUUUUAAAGUGGCUGCACCUGCAAAAGUAAUGUUUCCUUCAUAGCGGCGUUAGGUUACAAGGCUUUACAAACAUCUGAGGUCCCCUUACUAUUGAAAAAAUCUCAGAUUGUAUCAUGCACUCGGCAAAAAAAGAUGUUUUGAACGUAUUGCUUAUAUCAUAAGAUGAAAGCAGAAUUGAAAAGCUAAACAUGAAUUUUUAAAAAGCACAUACCUUAAUAAUUUUCGUGAGUGAACUACACUAAACCAUUGUCGUCACCCAGCGAUGAGACAGAGAUGAACCAAAAAAGGCUUUCCUUUCUCAAUCACAAUAGAAGUGUUUCUCGAACAGCCCAAAAACAUAACUAUCCAGCAUCGACUGAAAUAAUGGAUCAACAUUACCAAUUCUGGUCAAUUCAGAACGAUUUACUUCUUUAACGAUCUGUUCAAACUGAUUUUCGCUGAAUGAUAAAAUUCAUCAAGAGUGAAAAAGACUAAAAGCCCUCUCAUCACCACUGAUGAGACAAAUCAAAAUACUAUAAUCUUCUUCAAUUAACAGAAUUUUUAAAUAUAUUUGUGACUAAAAUAACCGAUAAACCUCACCAGUUCCCUUCAGAAUGAUUAGUUUCCAGACAGUUUUUUAUCGGUUUCUUUAACCAAUCUGGUUGACAUUUUAUUCAUCUGUUUGAAUGGUUUGCCAGUGUGUUCAGAAUUUGUGCAAAAUUUUGUCCGUGUACACGCAGUACAUUCCAUAUGCACGUGCUCGAUAAAACUCCUUAUUUAAGAUUCAUAAAUCGUAUUUUUCAGUAGAGAGAAGUUGUGAUUGAUUCAAAGAUAUUACACAUAACUUACAAGAGUGGAUUCAAGGGAACAUUUGCAGUACACACGCCAUCCAGUAUGAACUUUCAUCUAACGCUUGCUGCAUUAUCAUUUUUUUUAUGUGUACUAGUAAUGACACUUUGUACUUCCAUGUUAGGUUUCAAAGGUAUUGUAGUGUGACUGAGAACAGUGAUACUGAAAACAGUAAAUUACAGCUAGCGAAAGAAUUUAUUCAUCCGUUUGAAUAAUUUUGAUUAGUCAAACUGUUCAAAUGCUCUGUAUACCGUUCGUUAUCCAUGCCUUUUUUCCAUUGAAACAGUUUUCCAUUUGUGUCUGUUUUGUCUUUCAUGGUCACAUUUUUCAGCUGUGUUGAGAUUCCGGUCAGUGUAAAAUGCAGACUGCGGACUGUAGACCAGGGGUUAAAUGCAGACCAUACACAUUGAAAGCUCGGUAAAUUCCGGAUUUAUUUACACAAUGAAUAAUCUGAAGCUGUAAAAUUAUGACAUAAACAAUCACAAUCAUGUUUCUAGUCUUGAAAGGGAAAUCGAUAGGAAAUGAUCAAAUGAAAACAUAAAUACAAUCAAAGUGUUCACUCACAUCUGUCCAAGAAUUGGUUACUUUUUGGCAUCCAAAUACAGAACAUCAAAAGGCAUAUUACAUCAAAAUUACACCUGUAAAUAUCAAAAUCACUUCUUAAAAGUUAACAUGCAGUCUUUUGCAAUCAUAUCAAAUGUCACUUGUCAGUCAACGAUACAGUGUGUAACUGAUACCAGCUUGCUAUUUGAAGAAGAAUUAAAAAUGUUUAGAAAGUCUGCAGUCCUCAUUCUGCAUUUUGCACCUAGCCUGCAUUUUACACUCAGUCUGCAUUUUACCCCUGGUCUGCAGUCUGCGAUUUACACUGACCGGUUGAGAUCUCUGGAGUACUUAGUGUGAAAUGCAGUGUGAAAAGGACAAUCAAAUCAGUGAUGGGUGUUGAGGGGUUUUAGCACAAUUUUUAUAAAGUAAAAUUUUUAUGCAGCACAAGUUUCAGACUCAACAACGGAUGCUGACAUCCUUGAAAUAUCAGCUACAUCCACCGGAGAAACUACUCCCUUAUCUGGAAACUCCCCGUCAGAGAAACUGACAGCCAUUCUUCAAUCAUGCCACAUCCACUGUCCAGAUAUAACAUACCAGUAGCUCUACCUGAUCUACCGCUGGAUUCGUCAAGCAGCUCGGCUAAACCACUGCCCUAAAUGAACUGCACCUGUCUGUUCUUCAAAAGGAAAAACUUAAACUUACCUGGAAAUUGACAGUAUACUGUUAAAGAAACAGGAAUCUUGCUGAGGAUUCAAGAGCUGGGAUCUAGAUCUAAUUUAUUCUCCUAAGAUGCCUUCUUCCUCAAUAUUGUAAACCAUGGCAAUCCAGUGAAGUGAAUAAUUUACGUGUCAUUCAUUAUGUAUGUUAACUAAGCCAUAUUGGGCGAUUCCAGAAAAUAUCCAUACUAUACCACAGACGGCUUUUACGAUUUCCGAAGGGGAGGGGGGGUUCACGAUUAUGGAAUUCUGAGGGCAUGGGGGGUAUUUACGAUUGGAAAUUGGAAGGCAUGGGGGAAUUCCACAGGUGGGAUUUCUGGAGUAGAAAGUGUAGAGUGAGUUCCUUGAAAACGCUAUUGUUGUGGACUUUUCUGGCUCGUAAAUACACCACGAAAGUAUGACCGCGGGAACAGAAGACAAGCAUCAAUAGAUCAGACACGUGUUCACGCUCAUAACUUAUAGAAGUAAACAGUAAAACGUGGGUUUCACAUUUAUCUUGAUGAAUUUCUUGUCACAUGAAUAAAAACUGAAAAUGUAUCUUACCGCUUGCAAAUUUCUUGUUAUUCCCGUUCGAUGAACAGUAAAAAACUCGCACCAGUCCCUCGCUUCCAAGGAACGCCUGUCAGAUUAGAACACUUUUCGUGCACACUACAUGGCGCAUAAAAGGACGGAACAAGACUCGACGGUAUAUUUGACCCCUGAAAGAUUUUAACAGUCUGAAUUUGAGCUAUUUUGCUUUGUAAACGUCAAAACAGCACAAGAAAAUAAAGAGGAGUAAAAUUACCGUAAGUGGUGUUAAUUUUUAUAGCCAAAUUCGACUUAAAAAGGAGUUUGCACAGCCUGGCCACUAGCGGUAGGUUUUUCUUGUCGCUGAACAGUAAAGCUUGUCACCUGGCGCCGCUAGAUCACAGCCUUGAGGAGGCAUAAAUUCAUGUUCGUUUGUUCAUAUAGGCGUUGCUAAGUCAAAAAUGUACUUCGAAAAAAAAACGGAAAUUCUGAUAGGGAGGGGGGGUUCACGAUUAUGGAAUUCUGAGGGCAUGGGGGGGAACGCAUUUUGGAAUUUCCGAAGGCAAGGGGGGGUUAAAACAUGGAAGCCGUCCGUGGUUAGGUAUGGAUAUUUUCUGGAAUUACCCAUUUCCUCAUUCUUCAAAGUGGUGGAAAUGGAAGUUAUUGAUUCAUCAGUGAUAGCAAGUAAAAACUGCCAUGGUUUCAAUUAAAGGUUUUAUAAACCUCUUGAAAUAUUUU